AUGUUUAAAAAAUUUAAUGAAAAAGAAAGCGUGUCUGGAAUCCAACAGCUAAAAUCUUCCGUUCAAAAAGGCAUAAAAGCGAAAUUAUUGGAACAGUUUCCAGAUUUAGAAUCUUAUAUUGAUACAAUUCUUCCAAAAAAAGAUGCCUUUAGAAUAGUUAAAUGUCAUGACCAUGUGGAAAUUCUUGUCAACAGUUCUGGAGAAUUAUUGUUUUAUAGGCAGAGAGAUGAUAUGUGGAUGCCAACUUUGCGGUUGUUGCACAAAUAUCCAUUUUUUUUGCCCAAGGAACAAGUAGAUAAAGGUGCAAUCAGGUUUGUACUUAGUGGAGCCAACAUUAUGUGUCCUGGCUUGACUUCUCCUGGUGCAAAAAUGACACCUGUUCCAAAAGGAACAAUAGUUGCUAUAAUGGCUGAGGGAAAGCAGCAUGCAUUGGCUGUCGGUAUUACAUCAUUGUCAACUGAUGAAAUAUCAAAAGUAAAUAAGGGUAUUGGUAUUGAAAAUUGUCACUAUCUAAAUGAUGGAUUGUGGCAAAUGAAACCUGUAAAAUAA